UCCUCCUUUUUCCGCUUGGUUGGGGAAGGGAAAGCAGGGUAAAGGUUGCAUCGAGAGGCGAAGCCAAAAGCUGGGAGAGUUGCGUUGAGCGAUCUCGCUUCCGAAGCAGCCAUGGCAGAACAACCUAAGUCCCGUCAGGCACCUAUCAGCCCCGUAAAAAACUUCUUCGCUGGUGGCUUCGGAGGUGUCUGCUUGGUCUUUGUGGGACACCCACUGGAUACUAUCAAGGUCAGGCUACAGACUCAGCCGAAGCCUUUGCCAGGAGAGGCUCCUCUUUAUGCUGGGACCUUGGACUGUUUCAGGAAGACUUUUGUGAAAGAGGGCGUCCGUGGCUUGUAUAAGGGGAUGGCGGCUCCCAUUGUUGGAGUAACUCCCAUGUUUGCCGUGUGCUUCUUUGGAUUUGGCUUGGGCAAAAAGCUGCAACAGAAGACCCCAGAUGACGUCUUGACAUAUCCUCAGCUGUUUGCAGCAGGAAUGUUAUCAGGGGUGUUUACCACUGCAAUUAUGGCACCAGGAGAAAGGAUCAAGUGCCUACUACAGAUCCAAGCAGCCGCCGGUGAAAAAAAAUACGCGGGCCCCUUGGACUGUGCCAAACAAAUAUAUCGUGAAGCUGGCAUUCGAGGCGUGUACAAAGGAACAGCGCUCACACUCAUGAGAGAUGUUCCAGCCAGUGGAAUGUACUUCAUGACUUAUGAAUGGCUGAAAAAUAUUUUGACACCUCAGGGGCAGAGUGUCAGUGACCUCAGUGUACCCAGAAUCCUCUUUGCUGGAGGCAUGGCAGGGAUCUUCAACUGGGCUGUAGGAAUCCCUCCUGAUGUGCUGAAGUCACGAUUCCAGACAGCUCCUCCAGGGAAGUAUCCCAAUGGCUUCAGAGACGUCCUGCGAGAGCUUGUUCGAGAGGAAGGAGUGUUGUCUCUGUACAAGGGAUUCAACGCUGUGAUGAUCAGAGCCUUUCCUGCCAAUGCAGCAUGCUUCCUUGGCUUUGAAGUUGCCAUGAAAUUUCUUCACUGGAUUGCGCCAGGUCUUUGAUGACCGAAAAGUAUUUUCCUAAAGGAAACCGAGGGCAAGGAAAAUAACUGCAUUGGAGGAGAAAAAUCAGAAUUAUGAAAUAAGCUAUAAAUUGACUCAUUUUUUAAUUAAUCUUUUUGCCUUACGCUUUCUGGGUGGUGCCCUUUUGCCGUUCGGAAUCUUGAGCCAAAUCUCCUUCUGUGGAGAAAUUCAAGAGGAAUUCACAACAACACUCUUGCCUUCUCAAUACAAAAGUACCAUGCCGUUGAUAGAAGACCUUGCCGCUAUUAACAGGUAUCGAUGUUUAAUCCCCGUCCCCCUCAUUUUCCUGUGCUGAAUAAAGGAAAAUGAUUUUAAUUUCCCUUUUUAUAUUAAUUAAAAAAAUAUGCAUUUCUGGUUAUAGUACCAAGGACAUUCCUAGAACCAUUAUGGGAUGUUUGGAACUGGCCAUAAUGCACUUAAUUCUCAGGACAGAAUUUAAGUAAUAGAUAAAACUGAUAUUAAAAAACAUUUGAUUGCACUUGCAGGUAUUUGGUGCUAUUUACCAUGGUUUCUUCUUAGUUCCUGUGGAAUGAAUGGGAACAUCUGAACAGUUUUGUAUUUCUGUUCAUGCCUUAUUCAUGCCCUAUUAGUCCUUGCUUAUACAACACAGUUGUAGUAUGUAUUGACUGUGUAAGCCUCAUUUUAUUGCCUUGUGGUCUCUGACCCAAAAUCCAUGGCAUACAAUUGCUUCUUUGACGUAAUGAAUAUAAAAAGAAAGCCACUAAGAGAAUAAUGCAAAAAUUAAAGAGCCUUAAAGUCACCAAAUAUAAAUAAGUAUUAAAUUAGUGAAGACCUGCUAUGUGUUUGUAUAUAAUGAAAAACCUCAAAUAGCAGAAACUGUGGGGUAAAUCCCAAUCACUUUGGCUGGAAUGGACAGUCAGUUAUAAAAAAGCCUUUCUCUAAAUUCAGCUUUGGUCCUUUCUGGAUAACUAAUGAUAUCUUGAGAGGCAGCUUUACAAGAGGUGGACAAUCUUCUUGUACAUGGCAUGCCAGAUAUUAUGUAUUUUGGUAUUCCUGGUACCUAGGAAUGUACUGCAGUGGUUCCAAAGCAAUUUGUGUUCCAUCCCAGCAAGCUCUAAAGUUGGAGGAGGAUAACUUAACUACAAUGCCAUUCUGUUUUAAUGUGAUCCCCUUUCAUACCCACUCAUAUAUGGGUUUUUAAGUACAUACCAUGUACAAACAGUGUUUACAAAAUGUUUCACUGGAACAUGUUUAGAACUCAAUAAAAGUUGUACAUUG